AUGCAGAACUCCUGGGCAUCUCUCCGCGAUGCUACAUCAUCUCUGCUCAAGGGCGCUGGCACGGCUGCCCAGGUAGCAACAUACGUUGGCCGCUCCGUGAAGAGACAGUUGACGGCAUCCUCGCGGGGCCUCUGUUUGGUAUGCAACAAUUUGCAACCAUAUCACCACGAAAACACUCGACAAGUCGCUAUGGCUGCUACCUCGAGCGCUGGUGCCCAGAAGACUAUCACGAUGCUUACUCUGGAGAAUAUUUCCACUCGCGAUUUACUUGACGCCCGCGAGCCAGAUCCGACAAUUGGCCUGCCCAAGCGCCAUUGCCGCUACUGUAGGCUCCUGUGCGAUAUCUUUGACGCCUUCUUCAUCGACGAGUACAUGAGUUGGAUUACUGAGACACUGAACAAGAUGCCUAUCUCUGUAGGCCUCAUGGUUUGCGAGGGCAAGCCUCUCGUUGUCAACUGUUGGGGGUUUACCUAUGACCGCCACACUCUUUUUCCUCGCGUCGAUCUAGAGUUGUAUCCCGACCCGACCGCCGCUUUGGUUUCUAGCCCUACUUUCGGCAACAUCCCAACAAUGGACCCUACUGGCCACAGAGCGGAAACGGUCGCCUCCGAUGCCUGCUUCGAGUUCAUCCGAGAGUGCGUGGCACAGUGCUGUAUCGAGCAUCAGGAUUGUCAAAGCCAACCUCGGGACACCAGUUUUGUCCCAACCCGACUUCUCUAUAUUGGAAAAGACAACGAUGACCUCCGCAUUCGUAUGGGGAUUCCUGCAACAGAGAAUAUCAGAUGGGCUGCUUUGAGCCAUUGUUGGGGUGGUGGUGCCCCAUUCAAACUUCUUCAGGGAAACCUUCAGGCCUUACUGGAAAAGGUGGAGAUAUCCGACCUCCCUCCAACCUUCUGUGACGGAAUCCGGGUUUCUCGCGAGUUGGGACUCCAACACAUAUGGAUAGACUCCUUAUGCAUCAUUCAAGACAACAAGAUGGACUGGGAGAUUGAAGCUUCGCGGAUGGGAAUGGUUUAUAGCCAAGCCUUUGUGGUGGUUUGUGGUGCUUCGUCUCCGAAUCCUCAGACACCUUUCCUAGGCCCUCGUGAGCCAGAGUGGCUGGCCAAAACGUUCAACCUCCCAGAUUGA